CUCGUCCUUUUCUGCUUCCUGCUUCGUCUGAUUGAAAUCGAUCCGACUAGCAGCUCUUUUGCAUGCGCUUGAUUGGCCUGAAAGCCCUCCGAUGUGUCCUCACAGGGAACUCUUGCGCCGUUUCCCUGGCUCCGUCGCUCACCGUUUUUCCCUAAUUCUCUUCCUUUCCCGUUCCCUCGCUCUCUCGCUCUCUCUUCCUCUCUCUCCACUCGUCUUUUCCUCUUUCUCUCCCCUCCCCCUUCUCCUGCUUUUCGCUGCGUGCUUCCAUCCUUUCUCUCCUCCCUCCAUCCACAGAGCUUUCGGAGCUGCUUCUAGUUCCAUUCCUCUCUCCCCUUAUCACCGGUUGAAUUGAAACGGCUACCAGAUCCGACUGAAGAUCUCCGUGUUCUGUUUUUCUUCUUCCUUCCCCACCCUCCCGUUCGGGGUCGAUUAAACUCAACUUUUACCGCCAUUUCGCGACCUUACCUUAACUAACU